AGAGGAAAGGAAACAUUUUAGAUUGCUAUAAUAUAGUACCAGAACGUGAAAACAAAUGGCUGCUGUUAAUUUAGAAGAAAUUCUUACUUUUGGAACAGGACUGGCAAGGACUGUAGGAUCAGUUAUCCUGGAUGCAUUUAAACAACCAAAAAACAUUCAACACAAAAUGGGUUGUGCUGAUUUAGUUACCGAAACUGAUCAGCAAGUUGAAGAGAUGAUAAUAAAAGCAAUUAAGGAAACUUACCCUUCACAUAAGUUCAUUGGUGAGGAAUCUGUUGCUGGUGGUUUGAAGUGUAACCUCACAGAUGAUCCAACCUGGAUAGUUGAUCCUAUUGAUGGAACAACUAAUUUUGUCCAUCGAUAUCCUUAUGUUGCCGUCUGUCUUGGGUUUUGUGUGAACAAAACAGUAAAACUUGGAAUUGUAUACAAUGUCCCAAAUGAUGAAAUGUUUACAGCCAUAAGGGGCCAAGGAGCAUUUAGUAACGGGAAAAAGCUGGCUGUGUCAAGCGAAAGUGAUCUUUCCAAGUCUCUUAUUAUGGCAGAGUUUGGUUCAGCUAGGGAUCCUGCUACAGUGGAAACUGUGCUUAAAAACAUGUCAUCAGUUGUUCUAAACCCUGUUCAUUCCAUUCACUGUAUGGGUUCAGCAGCUCUAAACAUUUGUGCAGUGGCUUCUGCACAGGCUGAAGCUUAUUAUGAAUUUGGUAUCCACUGUUGGGAUUAUUGUGCUGCGUCGAUCAUAUUGGAAGAGGCUGGUGGUGUGACCAUCGACACAGAAGGAGGUCCAAUGGAUUUAAUGGCUCGACGAAUAGUUGCUGCAUGUAAUUUAACUAUUGCAGAAGGUUUAAGAAAAAAGUUGGUUCCAAUUCAUUUUCCAAGAGACUGACAAACAACUGAAGUUAGCCAGAAAUAGAUGAUUUUAUUGUAAUGUAAUAUCUAAAUUACUUCAUUAACAUUUUAAACAGCAGUGAAGUGCAAUUGCGCUUAGGUUUAAAAUUUCCUAUAGUGACACAAGCACAUCUUUUUUCCAUUGCACAUAAUAUAAUUACUGUAACUACCGUUAAUACCUUAAUGGUAAAUCAUGAUAUGUAAAUAAUAGGCACUUCCUGAUAAAUCAACA